UAAUAAGACUUAUAAAGAAAAGCUAGACCACUUUAGUCUCCCUCUUCUGGUUCCCCUUAAUAUCUGUCUAUCUCUCACCAUUGCUCCCCCCUCUCGCGAUAAAUUCAAAACAUGAAUGCAAAAGAGUUUCUCUCUAAUGAAUCUGGAAAUUUCUGAAAACUCUCAUGGAAACUGCGUCGAAGUUUCCAAUUAAAUGAAAGCAACGAGUUUUAGGGGCUUUUGUUCGUGUUUUUUUUUUCUUCCUCUAGACGGUGGUGAAGAAGUGAGUUACAGAGUAUGGGGUGGUUCUCCUGCUUCAGUCCAUCUACUACACAAGAUGAUCCAUCUGAGGAUGGCAUCGUACGUCAGAGAAGAGAAAGAGAUUACCAGGCUGCGAUAGAGAGAGCAAAGGAAAUAAGCUUGAAGCAAUUUGAGAAGGAAGAGGCAGAGAGAAGUUUACAAAAGUCAAAGGAGGAAGGCAAAAGAGAGAAAGUGGAUGACAAUGAUGAUCAAGUGGAUGAUGAGCAGACUCAGAUCGAUAGGGCAACGGAAAAAAGCUUGAAGGAACUUGAGAAGGAGGAGGCAAAGAGAAGAUUAGAAAAGUCAAAGGAGGAAGGCAAAAGAAAGCAAGUGGAGGAGGAGGUUGAUAAGGGACAAUUUAAGCAUUCCAAAGACAAAGAAGUUGCUCUUCCUAACAUAUGCAAUGGUUGCAAAUCUGAGAUCAAAGAUGGACUAUCUGUCAAUGCCCUUGGUGAUCUUUGGCAUCCUCAUUGUCUAUGUUGCCUUCAUUGUCACAAACCAAUUGCCGGAGACGAGAUUUCAAGAAAAGGAAAAGUUCACAGAUCUUGCUAUAAGGAGCACCGUCACCCCACCUGCUGUGUUUGCCAAAACAAGAUUCCUUCAACAGAUAAAGGCAUAGUGUUCAGCGAGCAUCCGUUCUGGAAGGAGAAAUACUGUCCUUGUCAUGAUAGUGAUGGAACAGCCAAGUGUUGCAGCUGUGAAAGAUUAGAGCCUAGAGGAACAAACUUUGUGUUGCUUAGUGAUGAUCGGUGGCUAUGUCUACAAUGUAUGGAAUCUUCGGUCAUGGAUACUUAUGAAUGCCAUGAUUUGCAUUUGGAAAUCCGUGAGUUCUUCGAUGGCUUGUUCUUGCCAGUUGAUAAAGAGUUUCCUCUUCUUCUUGUUGAGAAACAAGCUCUGAAUAAAGCUGAGCAAGAAGAGAAGAUUGACUAUCAUUAUGCAGUGGUAACAAGAGGUAUUUGCUUGUCCGAAGAUCAAAAUGUCGCAAGUGUAAAAGAAAGACCAAAGAUGGCAAACAACAAGCUAAUCGACAUAGUUACAGAGACUCAAAUGGUGAGUGGAAGCGCGGUCACUGCAAUUCUCAUUAUAUACGGACUUCCUAGAUUACUCACAGGAUAUAUCUUGGCUCACGAGAUGAUGCAUGCUUAUCUUAGACUCAAAGGUUAUAAGAAUCUUAAGUUAGAGCUUGAAGAAGGACUAUGUCAAGUGUUAGGCCUCAGGUGGUUAGAGUCUCAAACAUUUGCCUCUAGUGAUGCUGCUGCGGCUUCUUCUUCUUCUUCCCGCACCCCUCCAGCUGCAAGCACGUCGUCAAAGAAAGGUGACGACUGGUCUGAUUACGAGAAGAAGCUCGUCGAGUUUUGCAUUCAUCAGAUAAAAGAAGAUGAUUCACCGGUCUACGGUCUAGGAUUUAAACAGGUCCACAAGAUCUGGGUCUCAAAUCACAGCCUUACGGAUACUCUGAAAGUCAUCGUCAACGCUUCCAAGAAUGUACCAGUUUCAAAGUUUUGAGUCUGCCGAUAUGUUAUACGUAUACCAAUAAUAUACAUAAACACGUAUACGUACGGUACAUGCAGACGCACAGCACAAGAGUAUACUUGCUUUCUACUUUUGUAAUACUGCUCUUUAUUUCUGUUCUUUUCACAGUUUUUAUUCUUUUUUUCCGCAAAAGUCUGAAACUUUGAACGGUCUUGCGUGUUAUACAAAUGUUUUUUUUCGUUGCA